GUGGAAAACUACGAGUACGAGCUGCCCUCAGACUUUGAGGAUGAGGAAAUUGAUGAGGAAGCUGCUUUCACAGAGGAGGACAAGAAGCUGUAUGCUGACUGGAAUCUUGACGGGGGAAAGGGCAAGGGGAAGGGGAAGGGCAAGGACAAAGCAAAGGCCGCGAGCCCUGACCUGCUCGAGAGCGAAGAGAGUGAUGUCUACCCAGAGUCUGAGUACAACCUGCAGCCCGCCGUGGCAUCUGCAGGGGAUGCUGGGGGAGAGCUGCGCUUCAGCGACAUGGUGGAGGCUCUGGGUACGGACAGGGCCAAGCUGGGCGCCGCGCGCAAGAGGCUGGAGCGACUUGACAAGCGCUUGCAACCUGAGACGGCGAAGGACGUGACCAAGUGGCAGAGCAUCGUCAAGGCGAAUCGGGAGGCGGCCACGCUGAAAUUUGCGACCGGUCGCGAGGAUGUGCAGCGCACCAGCACCACGGCCGCGCUGACGGCCAAGUUUGCGCCGGCGCGCGAUUUCGAGCGGGAGAUUGCCGUCAUGCUGGAGGCGGCCGGCGCGCACAACGAGCAGGCCGUGGCCGAGGCCGAGGAGGCCCUCGCUCUCAAGGCUCAGAGUGUGGAGGAGGCAAAGUCGCGGAGAGAGCGGCUGGCCAAGAUGCGCAGUCUGCUGUUCCACCAGGAGAUCAAGCUCAAGCACCUCGCCAGGAUCAAGUCCAAGGACUACCACCGCCGAGCCCAGCGCGCCGCCAAAACCAAGGACAGGCCCCUGGCCAACGGGCACACCGCAGAUGCUGUCGAGGACGAGGACAUGAUACCCAUCAGGGUGGGCACGGAACUGAGUCAGCGCGAGCUCAUCGCGCGCGCAUUCGCUGGGGACGAUGUGCAGGCAGAGUUUGCCGAGGAAAAGGCGCGCGAGGCGGAGGCAGAGGCGCCACCAGCGGAUGCGCCUUCUCUGCUGCCCGGUUGGGGCGCAUGGGCGGGGCAGCAGCGCACCCCUGGCUGGAUGGCCAAAGCCCAGGACAAGGCUGUCAGCAUCCGCCAGCCGCUCGGCCGCGACUUCAAUACAGACUCCUCCUUCAGGGACAUGACGCGGCCCAAGAUCCUGAAGACGCCAGGCGUUGUGAUCAAGCCCUUGAAGUACAGCAAAGGAGUAGAGAAGGAAGCAGCCAGCCAGCCCACCAGCAAUGCCAAGCGCAAGAGCAUUGCUGUCGUGUCCAAUGGCCGGAGGAAGCAAUCCAAGAAGUGA